AUGUCUCACUCCACGUACACCCUACACGGGCUCGCGCUCUCAUGCUGCCUGUUGCCACCGACCACAGAGCCGCCCGUGGAGCAGCCAUUCACGCUGAACCUCUGUGCCUCCGUGCAGCUUAGAGGAAAUGUGUGUUGCUUGUGUAUAUACGCCGACGAGGAGAAAGCCAUCGGCGCCAUCCCCACCAAGCCCAUCCACUCCGGCGACCUCGAGAGGAUCUGCGCCGAACACCGGAAGUACCCGAUUCUCUAUAAGGUCGAGUUCCAGAUGGCGACGAAGGUGGAGUGCCACUCCAUGCGGCACGCGCUCAAGGAGGCCAACGAACUCAAGAACCAGAACAAGAGGGUGCUUCCGUAUGACUACAAUAGAGUGGUUCUUGAGCCUCUGCCAGACUCCCCAGAUUCAGACUACGUCAACGCUUCCUAUGUCGAUAGCCUGCUAACGCCCAAAGCGUACGUCGCGACGCAAGGGCCUCUGGAGAACACCAUCGCCGACUUCUGGAGGAUGGUGUGGCAGGAGAAAACGAGACUCAUUGUGAUGCUCACCAAGACGUUUGAUUUCAUUAAGGUGAUGUGCGUACAGUACUGGCCGGCGAUGGUUGGCUGCUGCGACCACUACGAGGGAAUCAAAGUUGAACUGCUGAAAGAGGAGCAGCUGGCCAACUUCCAGAUCCGUACCAUCAGGCUCACCAGUGACGGCCAUGCAGAUUCUCGGGAAGUGGUGCAGUUCCACUACACUGAGUGGCCCUCACAUACGCAGCCCUUCAUCAAUGCGCUUCUUGAGUUCCGUAGAAGGAUCAGAUUAUGGAUGAGAGCGAAUAUAUUACCCGCUGAUGGCCCCACUAUUGUGCAUUGCAGUGACGGUGGUGCCAGAACUGGAGUGUUCAUGUCUAUCGAUUCCAACUUGGAAUUACAUGAAGAAGAUGGGAAGUUUGAUCUAUAUGGCUACCUGAAGAAGAUGAGACAGGCACGCCGUGGACUUAUUGAAACAGUGGACCAGUACCGGUUUGUGUUUGAUGCUCUUGAGGAGUUCCUACUCUGUGGCUACUCUUUCUUCCCAGUCAGUGAACUCUCACAACGGCUGAAGCAUAAAUCGAUGAAGGUCUUGGGCAACAAAAGCGAAUACCAAGUGGAAUUUGAACAAAUUUGCAAGAUGACUCCCAGAUUUACAAUUGGAGAUUGCGCAGGUGGCCAUCGAGCUGAUAACAGAGUCAAGAAUCGUAAUGUUCUCUGUGUUCCACCGGACAACUCUAGGCCGUACAUUACAUCAUUCCAAGGCAACAGCAACACAGAUUAUAUCAACGCAGUAUUUGUUGAUGGUUACUUAAGGCCUCGAGAAUACGUUGUGGCUGAAUGGCCCCUAAGGUCGACCAUCUCGGACUUCUGGUCUCUUGUGUACGACCACGAUGUAACAUCCGUUGUGGUCCUCUGCAACCCUCUUCUAGCAGAGGCCUCGAACUACCCUCCAUUUUGGCCGGAGAAGCAGAAAAGCAUGAAAUAUGGUCCAGUCUUCACCAUCGACCAUAUAAGCCACCAACACUAUCAAAAUAUACGCUCCUGGGUAUUCAAAAUCAGCAAGAAGAGCAUGGUAGUAUUUUGUUUUGUGUUUGCAUUUUUGCUGUAUCAUCAGAUUAUUUCACCUCAUCGCACAAGGCUGGGGGCAGUUGUAGACGAAAUACAAGGGAAAAAUAUUGUCUCCUUGACGGAACUUAUGGCAGGCAUCAAAGCAGAACCCAAGACCUGCCACCUCUUCCAGUUGAUGUGUUGGCCUCAAGGUCACAAGGUGCCAACAUCCACCAAUGCCCUCGUGGAGCUUAUGAACAUGGUUGAACGGUGGAGGCAGCGGACAGGAUAUGGUCCAGUUGUGGUUGUCAGUCCUGAUGGUAUGAGUCGAGCUGGAGUCUACUGUGCUGCCAAUGCAUGUAUAGAGCAAGUCAUUCAGCAUGGAGAAGUAGACGUUUUCCAGGCAGUCAAGACAGUGAGACGACACCGCCCACAGCUAAUUAAUAAUAUGACGGAGUACAAGUAUUGCUAUGAUCUGGUACUCCAUUAUGUACUUCAUUUCCUUUCAAAGGAGAAUGAAGAAUAAUGGAGACAAGAACCACAGCAAAAGAAGAAAAUGAUAGGAACAGGCACCAAGAUCUCUGACACUGGAAAUGUCAAGAGAAACUGAAAAUGACAUUUUGUUACCUACAGUCUGUGCUGUAUCAGUCUAACUGGAGUUCGUUGUUGUUGUUAAUGAUGUGCUUUGUUACAUGGCUUUUAACGGUUAGUUCUAUAUGGAAUGGUAUGGGACACGCUCUAUUUGCACUAUUAAAAAAAUAAUCUUUUUGAAUGGCCUCAAUUUUAUGCAAAUAUUAGUCUUUUGAAAUAUUCAUAAACUUAUUUUUGUAUUUUAAAGUGUUAAUGAUACCAUCUUUGUACAUUAUAGAGGACAAUUUUUUUUUUUCACAGUGUCUUUUCUUUUUUUAUAUAUUGUAGAUAAGAGUAUUUGGAUGCUUGAUUUUAUAUUAUGCUUGUUACUUUCAUGUUUUUUUAUCAGGCAUAUGUAAUAUUUUACCUAAUGUAAUUAAAUUUAUGGUGCAAAACAAUUACAGUGAUAAGAUUACUGAAGUUGGUGUAUCUAUUGUUCUGUUCUUUGUUGUCUAUAUAAAUGAACACCCAGGUGGUGAAAUCUUAUACUAGCUGCAGUGCACUAAAGAUUAUUGUUAUAAGCUAGAGCAUUUUUACUUUUAAAUGCUAAGUUAAAUAUAUAUUCCUCCUGAUUAUUUGAGAUAUUAGUAUUUAUCACUUACAAAAGACCAUUAUGAUUAGAUAUUAUGUAGUUGUGCUAGAUUCUUCAUUGUCAAUUCAAUAAGCAGGCCUUUGUAAUAGGGGCCUAGGCCUCUCUUGCUACAGAAGGAUGCAAAAUACAUAUUUCCUCAGUCUUAACUGGGAAUGUUGUCCAUUCAUUAUUUUUUAUUUUUGAGUUUUUGUAAUCUGGAACUGUUAGCACAUAAUACAGCUCAAUUUUACAAAUAAUACCAGUGAAUAUCAGUCAUGUUACCACUAGAAUUCUCCACUUCAUGUAGGUUAAAGAGCCGUUCAGAAGCCAAGCACGUCAUUUCUUUGAGUGAAUAGGGUCUUUGAUAAAUUAUGUUUUAAGAUAUUUGUAUAUAAGUCAUUGCCUAGCUGUUUAUAGUUAUUUUAAAUGGUAAGAUGACAGCCUGGCUUAAGAGAUUUAGCCCAAUACAAGCAUUCCUUUCCCUUUCUUCCUGACCUACUGGCCACCUCUGUACUUCGGGGAUGAAACCAGCUUUGGCACACCUAACGCAAUAAACUUCAUAAAUGGUUGUUAA